AUGAAUAUCAUCUCUCGUACUAUACAACAUUCUCUACGUUCAAUAAAUCCAUUAUAUAAGAAACCUCUAAUAACAGUAGCUCUGCGACACCAUGGCGACUACGAAUGGCAAGAUCCAAAGUCUGACGACGAAGUUGUGAAUAUUGUAUUCAUUAAUAAAGAUGGAAAGCGUAUUCCCAUUCGUGGGAAGAUCGGUGAUAAUCUGCUAUACUUAGGACACCGCUAUGGCAUCGAAAUUGAAGGUGCUUGCGAAGCCUCGCUGGCUUGUUCAACAUGCCAUGUCUACGUGAAAGAAAACUAUCUCGAUAAAUUGCCCGAGCCCAAAGAAGAAGAAGAGGAUCAAUUAGAUUUAGCUGCAUUUCUGAAAAGCAAUUCACGUCUGGGUUGUCAGGUUAUUCUAAAAAAAGAUCUCGAAGGUGCUGAGUUCGCAUUACCACAAGCGACACGAAAUUAUUAUGUUGAUGGGCAUAAACCAACGCCACAUUAA